AUGACCCACCGCUCAAUCCACUGGUUCAGGAAGGGACUCCGCCUUCACGACAACCCUGCCCUGCUGGCGGCCAUGAAAGACUGCAUUGAACUGCACCCAAUUUUCAUCUUGGAUCCCUGGUUCCCCAGGAACAUGAGAGUUAGUGUCAACCGCUGGAGAUUUCUCAUUGAGGCGUUGAAGGAUUUGGAUGAAAACCUGAAAAAGAUCAAUUCCAGGCUCUUUGUGGUAAGGGGGAAACCUGCUGAGGUCUUCCCUGUGCUUUUCAAAAAGUGGAAAGUGACCCGACUGACCUUUGAAGUGGACACUGAGCCGUACUCCAAGCAGCGAGAUGCGGAAGUGGAGAGGCUGGCAGCUGAACACAACGUGGAGGUCAUACAGAGGGUCUCAAACACCCUCUAUGAUGUAGAAAGGGUCAUUGCUGAGAACAAUGGGAAGCCCCCGCUGACUUAUGUCCGGCUGCAGACUGUGCUGGCAUCCAUAGGACCCCCAAAGCGGCCUUGUAAAGCACCAACAAAGGAUGACAUAAAAGAUUGUUGCACUCCGUGGAAGUUGUCUUAUAAUGAGAAAUAUGGUGUUCCCACCUUAGAAGAGCUAGGACAAGACCCCUCGCAGCUCGGACCUCACUUGUAUCCGGGAGGAGAGACCGAAGCACUGCAGAGGCUGGACCUCCACAUGAAGAGAACGGCAUGGGUAUGUAAUUUCCAGAAGCCGGAUACAGAGCCAAACUCUCUGACCCCCAGUACCACUGUGCUGAGCCCAUACGUGAAAUUUGGCUGUCUGUCGGCUCGAACGUUUUUACUGGCGACUGGCGGAGGUUUACCAAGGGAAGAAAACACUCAAGUCCGCCAGUGUCGCUCCAUGGCCAGCUGCUGUGGCGGGAAUUCUACUACGUUGUAGGGGCUGGAAUACCGAACUUUGACAAGAUGGUAGGAAAUUCUGUGUGUGUGCAGGUAGACUGGGAUGAGAACAAGGAGCAUCUCAAGGCAUGGAGCGAAGCCAGAACCGGUUACCCCUUCAUAGAUGCAAUCAUGACCCAGCUAAGGACUGAGGGAUGGAUCCAUCACCUGGCCCGCCAUGCUGUAGCCUGCUUCUUGACACGAGGGGACCUGUGGAUAUCGUGGGAAGAAGGACAAAAGGUAUUUGAAGAACUGCUCUUGGAUGCUGACUGGGCACUCAACGCUGGAAACUGGCUGUGGCUCUCGGCCAGCGCUUUCUUCCACCAGUUCUUCCGUGUCUACUCUCCAGUGGUAUUUGGGAAGAAGACGGACAAGAAUGGUGAUUACAUAAAG